GCCCACUUCCCGCGCAAGCCGGGCUCCACCAUUCUUCCCACUGACCGCUUACAGGUCGCAUAUGCGAAGUACGUGCCACGCAGCAGCUCAGACGACCCCAGAACCACCUUGAACUUGAUCUUUACACACGGAACUGGGAUGAAUAAAAGCGUGUGGCGCCACCAUAUCGACCAGCUCUAUGAGUUGUCCCACGCCCCGACCUCCACCUUGCCGUGGAAGUUGGGAAAGGUGCUUGCGAUGGACUACGUCAACCACGGAGACUCCUGCGUGUUGAACAAACACAAGAUGGGCCACAAGUAUUACUGGGGUGACACGGGUAAAGACGUGAUCAAGAUUUUGAAGCACGAGGCCGUCAAAAACACUGCAGACAGUCGAACCAUCGGAAUUGGCCACUCCGUCGGCGGACACGGGAUGCUCUACGCCGGGUUUUUGGAGCCCGUCAUGUUUGAUUCCAUCAUUGCGGUCGAUCCGAUGUUUUUCACCUUCCACAAGUUUGCAUUGGACCGCCCGGACGACUGGGAAAAGCACCGCCGGAUCCACAAGGCUAUCGAAAAGAAUGUGCGGGACCUGUUUGCCAACGAGGAGGAGUGCUUCCGAUGGUUCAGGACGGUGCCGUUUUAUACCAAGUUCCAUCCCAAGGUGUUGGACUACUUUGUAAAUGACGAGGUUAUCUACAACGCCGACGGAACCAUGAGCGGAAAAUCGACAACCAAGCAGCAGGUGGUGGCCUACACGUCGAAAGAUGUGUCGACUGUGGAGGGUUGUGCGAUUUUGCCAUUUGUGACCGUCCCGGUAUUGCACUUGAUUGGGUCCAAUUUCUCUCUGAGUUUUCCCAAGGAAGGAACGGACUUUAUCCGGUCCACGAUUCCCGACUGUACCGGGGCGACAGUGCCAGAUGCAGGGCACAUGGUGCACUGUGAGAGGUUUGAAGAGACUAUAGCGAUUAUGGUGAAUUGGCUUUCCAAGAGA